AUGGAGGCCCUGCAGGCUGGAGCUGACAUCUCUAUGAUCGGUCAGUUCGGAGUGGGUUUCUAUUCCGCUUACCUGGUGGCCGAGAAAGUCACAGUGAUCACCAAACACAUUGACGAUGAGCAGUAUGUGUGGGAGUCUGCAGCGGGCGGUUCUUUUACCGUGAGGCCAGACCUUGGUGAACCCAUCGGACGUGGUACGAAAGUCAUUCUUCACCUUAAAGAGGACCAAUCCGAAUACGUUGAGGAGAAACGCGUCAAGGAAGUCGUGAAGAAACACUCUCAGUUCAUCGGUUACCCCAUCACGCUCUUCGUUGAGAAAGAAAGGGAGAAGGAGGUUGACCUUGAAGAAGGAGAAAAGGAAGAGGAGGUGGCGGCCGGAGACGAUGCGGACAAACCCAAGAUCGAGGACCUGGGGGCUGAUGAGGACGAAGACUCCAAAGACGGUAAGAACAAGAGGAAGAAGAAGGUGAAGGAGAAGUACACUGAUGUUCAGGAGCUCAACAAGACCAAACCUCUGUGGACCCGUAACCCCGAUGACAUCACCAACGAGGAGUACGGCGAGUUCUACAAGAGCCUGAGCAACGAUUGGGAGGAUCACCUGGCGGUCAAGCACUUUUCAGUUGAGGGUCAGCUGGAGUUCCGCGCGCUGCUGUUUGUAACCAGAAGAGCCGGUUUUGACCUUUUCGAGAACAAGAAGAAGAGGAAUAACAUCAAGCUGUACGUGCGCAGAGUCUUUAUCAUGGACAACUGCGAUGAACUCAUUCCAGAAUAUCUCAACUUCAUCAAGGGCGUCGUGGACUCGGAAGAUCUUCCUCUGAACAUCUCCAGAGAGAUGCUUCAACAGAGCAAGAUCCUGAAAGUCAUCCGCAAGAACCUGGUCAAGAAGUGCCUCGAGCUCUUCACCGAACUCUCGGAGGACAAAGACAACUACAAGAAAUUCUACGAGCAGUUCUCCAAGAACAUGAAGCUCGGUAUCCACGAGGACUCCCAGAACCGUAAAAAGCUAUCCGAACUGCUUCGCUACUACACAUCUGCUUCCGGAGACGAGAUGGUGUCCCUCAAAGAGUAUGUGUCUCGCAUGAAGGACAACCAGAAGCACAUCUACUACAUCACCGGUGAGACCAAAGAUCAGGUGGCCAACUCCGCGUUCGUGGAGCGUCUGCGCAAAGCCGGUCUGGAGGUGAUCUACAUGAUCGAGCCCAUCGACGAGUACUGCGUGCAGCAGCUGAAAGAGUACGAUGGCAAAAAUCUGGUGUCCGUUACCAAGGAGGGUCUGGAGCUGCCCGAGGAUGAAGAGGACAAGAAGAAGCAGGAAGAGUUGAAGACCAAAUAUGAGAACCUGUGCAAGAUCAUGAAAGACAUUCUCGACAAAAAGAUCGAGAAGGUCACCGUCUCGAACCGUCUGGUGUCCUCGCCCUGCUGCAUCGUCACGAGCACGUACGGCUGGACGGCCAACAUGGAGAGAAUCAUGAAGUCUCAGGCUCUGAGGGACAACUCCACCAUGGGCUACAUGACUGCCAAAAAGCAUUUAGAGAUCAACCCUGUCCAUCCCAUCGUCGAGACCCUCAGACAGAAAGCUGAGGUGGACAAGAACGACAAGGCUGUGAAAGAUCUGGUGAUCCUGCUGUUCGAGACGGCACUGCUGUCGUCCGGCUUCACGCUGGAUGACCCGCAGACGCACUCAAACCGCAUCUACAGGAUGAUCAAACUCGGCCUUGGCAUUGAUGACGAUGACUCCGCUGUAGAAGAUAUUACUCAACCCGCUGAAGAAGAUAUGCCAGUUCUGGAAGGCGAUGGUGACACUUCUAGAAUGGAGGAAGUCGACUAAAGAGUUUUAGUGUAAAUACCACUAAAUUGUUAAUGUAUCGAUUAAUUCAUUGUUUUAUUUUUGUAAACACAUUUGCAUUAAAGGGAAAUCCCUUCUGGACCUUCCAGCUUUAAGACUGCAUUAGCAAAAGCCGACUUUUCUUUUCGUUUCUUUUCUUUUU